AUGGCCUUGCCAUUCUUAGUUGGUAAUUCUUUCAACCACAAUAUUGGAAAGACAAAAUUUCACAAAUCCCACCAUUUUGAUAUCUGUAACAAUGUUACUCAGCAAGUGGGUGAGACAAAACCAGGAAUUGGUGGGGAGCCUCGACCUGACCAAAUUGUUCCUCCUGCUACAAGUGAAAUUGGUAAAGGAACUAAACAACCAACUUGGGUAGCUUUUGAUCAAAAGGUUCUUUCAUUUGAUGCUUUUUACCAAGAAGCAAUCAGUGAAAGGCGAGAGGAGACAUUCAGAAUACAUGAAUGCAAAAUCUAUUUUUAUUUGGAAGAUGAUUCCAUCCAGGUUGUUGAACUCAAGAAAAAAAACAGUGGAAUAAAUCAAGGAACCAUCAUAAAGAGACACCGAAUAAAGAAACCUUAUCCACAUGAUAAUGAAUUCUACACUCUUGAAGACUUCAACAUCAAUGAAACAGUCAACCUUUAUUCCAAAAAUUUCAAAAUUGUCAACUGCGAUAAAUUUACACAGGAAUUUCUUUAUAAACUUGGAGUCAGGCUACAAGAUCCAAAUGCAGUUCCUAAUGAUCCAUAUUCUUCAUAUCGUAAAACGGUGGAUGGUGCACAACAGCCAUUGAGACCUUAUCAAAAAAUCGACACACUGAAACAGUUCUUGGAACAUGACCGUCACGUUCUCCGUUUCUUCUGUUUGUGGGAUGAUUCAGAAAAUAUGUUUGGUGACCCACAUGAGAUGAUCUUACAUUAUUUUUUGGCAGAUGACACCAUUGAAAUCCGUGAAGUGAAUCCUCCUAAUAGUGGACGAGAUGCCACACCUAUAUUUAUCAAAAGACAAAAGCUACCAAAGAUAUCCAAAGAUCUUCCUCUACCUGGUCAGUUAGCUGACCGUACAGUACUUAAUGUAUUUGGCUCAAUGCACACUGGAGGCAGGUACAUCCUUGAUAGUUUGAAGACAGGUGAAAUAAAUAUUGAAUACUACACUUCACAAGAUUUACAUCUUGGAGAUACGAUCAAUGUGUAUGGUCGGCCAUUUUUAAUUUGUGACUGUGACAAUUUUACUCGAGAAUAUUACAAAACAAAAUUUGGAAUUUCCACAUUUAACCCAGUUGAAUACAAAAAGAAAGACAACAUUGCCAGGGAUAGCCACUAUCCUCCAUACAAUGGCUUUGGCAGUGAAGAGGAUUCUUUGAGCAAUUGUAAAUCCAUUAUUCCUAAACCCCCACAGAAGAAUUUCAUGAAGUUUAUGGAGAAAGACAAACAUGGUCUGGAGAGCCAUGUGCUACAAUUUAAGGCCAAACUGGAUUCAAACAACCCUGACAACCAAAACAGGAACUUCAUUAUUAGCUAUUAUCUCUCAGAUGAUACUAUCAGUAUCUUUGAACCUUCAGUAAGGAAUUCAGGAAUUGCAGGUGGUAAGUUUUUGGAAAGAUCUCGAAUCAAAAAGCCUGACCAACCAUUGAAUAAUGUCACCCUGUCAGAAUAUUACAAAGCCCAGGAUCUGUUCAUUGGUCAAAAAGUGAACUUCAACACCCACAAAUUUACCAUCGUUGAUGCUGAUGAAUACACCUUUAAAUAUAUGGAAUCACAUCCAGAUGAGUUUCCCAAAUCAAAUUUGAAGACCUUACUUGCACAACUUCAUAAAAUAAACAAAGAGCAAAAUGGUCUUUUGGGUAAGAAAUUAUUAAGCACAGCCAAUGAAGACAAUGACCAAAUUGGUUUCUCAGAUCUCAAGACAGUGAUAUGUGAAUUACUGCCAGAAAUCACUGAACAUGAACUUAUCAUCCUUGCUCGUCACUACACUGAUGAUACAUUAGCAAUGGAGAUACCAGCUAGCAGUAUAUUAGCCAUGGCUCAAGAGCAAUUAAGAAGAGCCAACUUUGAAGAUUAUCAGGAGCUUUUGAAUAACUUCAAGUAUGAAGACCAAUCUGGGAGUGGUGUCUUAAACCAACAGAUCAUAUGGCGAAUUAUGCUUUCCUUGCGAGUUCCACUUACCAGAGAUUUGCUACAUCAACUCAUUGAGAACUUUUCCACAGAUGAUCAAAAAGUGAUUCAUUAUGAAGAAUUUGUCAACAACAUUGAGUGGCGGCGGAACACUCAACUUGGAAGUACAGUUUCUGAUCCCAACAUCUGGAAAGGUUAUAAGAAGAAAGUGAAGGUGGACAAAGUAAACUACAAACGUCUUCUAAAUGAUGUCAAUCCUGAUGAGAACUAA